AUGUAUCUAGACUUCACCAAGAGCCUCGGUAUUGGCUCGCUCACUACCAUGCUUCUCUCCGCAUUUUCUCCACGAGAGCGAGCUCUUGUUGUUCAUCAGCCAGCGCUACCUCCAUCCUAUCCGCUGGCUGUCCGGAGUCCCUAUCUCUCGGCAUGGAUGCCCAGCGAUCAGGUUCAGACAUUGCCGUAUGCGGAGCCUCAGUUCUGGGCGGGACAGAGUCUCACCUGGUCGGUUAUGGCUCGCGUAGAUGGCCAGGCGUACAGUUUGAUGAGCGUCAAGAAUCCGGGCGAGAACAUCCGUCCUGCUAUCGUUCGAAGCGCCGAGUAUACUGCGACUCAUUCGGUGUUUACUCUAUCCGCUGGCUCAGUGUUUUUCACUUUGGAUUUCUUCUCGCCCAUAUCGCCCUCAAACUAUCUGCGACAGUCCCUCCCUUUCAGCUACUUGACCGUUUCUGUAUCGGAGGGUUCUUCCAAGAACAUCCAGAUCUAUUCCAGCAUUGACGGAAGGUGGACGGGCAAGCCACAACAAACCACACGUGGUUUCCGCGAGAUCGGCUCCACGGCUGUCUUUUCCUUGGGGUUGAAGAACGGCGUCCCUUACUCUGAAGUGGAUGACAUGGCCACUUGGGGCGAGGCGAUAUUCGCCUCUCGUCCGACUUCCGGGUCCAAACUCUCCUUCUCAUCCGGUAAACGUGGUGAUGUGCGUUCUCAGUUUGUCAGUACUGGCAGGCUGGUCGACAACCGCCAGUCAUGGGCUCCAGGAGGGAUUGUGGCGCUUUCGCACGAUUUAGGAAGGGUUGACAGUGGAGAAUCAGUGACAUUUGCUGUUGGACAUGUGCGCGAACAGUCCAUUAAUUACCUGGGCAAGCCAUACACCGGUUAUUACCGAUCGCAGUACCCGGAUAGCCACAACGCGGUCUCUUACUUCCUUGACGACUAUGACGACGCUCUGCAGGAGUCCCGGGUGCUCGAUACGGAGAUGGCCAAGCAAGCCAAAGCAGCGGCUGGCCAGAAGUACGCCGAUAUCGUCACACUGUCGGCUCGCCAGGCGUACGGAGGGAUAGAGGUGACCAUUCCUAAUGACACUCUGGACACCACCGAUGUUCUGGCAUUCAUCAAAGAGCUUUCCAGCAAUGGUAACCUCAACACAGUGGACGUUAUCAUGCCCGCCUUCCCAAUUUACUACGUUCUGGACCCGGACUACAUCCGCCUUCUGCUGGAACCGAUGAUGAGAUACCUGGCUGCUGGCCGCUGGCAAAAGCCGUAUGUGAUUCACGACAUGGGCAAGCAUUACCCCAAUGCCAUCGGGCAUGACAAUCAGAAGGCCGAGCCAAUGCCAAUCGAGGAAUGUGGAAAUCUAAUGGUACUGAUCCUGGCCUACGUGCGAGCAACGGGUGACACCGAAUGGGCCGCCCAGUACACUGACCUCCUGAGGGGCUAUGCGGACUACUUGGUCGAUAAUGGUGUUGAUAUCACCAAGCAGCUGUCAUCCAACGACGCGGCUGGUGCACUUGCCAAUGAGACGAACCUUGCCAUCAAGGCGGCCGUCGGUAUCAAGGCAUUCGGCGAACUAACGGGACUUUCCGAAUACUCUGAAAUCGGCGAAGCGCGCGCGGAUCUGUUCUUCACCCAGGGCCGUGGAACAGACGGGAAUAAGACACACUUCGUGCUGCAAUACCCCGACAAGCCAGCCUCGUGGAAAAUUCCAUACAACCUCUACCCAGAUGUACUACUUGAUCUUCAGACCUUCCCCAAAGCGGCAUACGAAAUGGGAAAUACCUUCUUCAAGUCUGUUCGAGCUGAAUAUGGGGUUCCGUUGGAUAACCGGCAAGACUGGGCCAAGUCGGACUGGAACAUGUGGUUGGCAGGCACAUUUGACGCCGACACUCGGUCUGAGUUUGUGGAUGAUCUCUGGAGUUUCAUGACCAACGGAAAACACAACUGGCCGUUCUCCGAUCGGUACGUUGCCACAUCCGCCAAGGGACGGAGCCCUGGGGUGCCUGUAUUGUGCCGAGCUCGCCCAACAGUGGGUGGUCAUUUUGCCCUGAUGGCACUACAAGGGCCCAAAUCUCUUCAGGCUGCUGUGUCGAGGCAGGUGUUUAGUGAAGGAGGCAACAAAGGAGGCAGUGGCAGCCAGGAGAUUUUUUUGAACCAGGGAGAGAAUCUGAAACACCCGCUGCAGAGAUUUCUCGAGUUACUCCGUAGAAGUCAACCCAUUCACCUAUCGGUGUUACUCCUGUGGUUGUGGGUGUUGUUGUUGUUGUCCCUUGCGCCCCCCCGUCCUCCACACAACUUCGGUCCUCAAGGCUAUCCCCUCCCCAACGGUGCUGUUCCUUCUGGUCCCGUCCCCGGCGCCGCCCCUCUCCUUCCCAACAAUGGUCGAAUCAUUCAGAAUGGUCCCGUCAGAGUGCUGUGCAUUGCGGACGUGCGAGGUAAUCUGAAGUCCUUGAAUGAGUUGGCCAGGCAGGCCCGUGCAGACCAUAUCAUCCACACUGGUGACUUCGGUUUCUACGAUGACACUUCGCUCGAGCGCAUUGCAGACAAGACUCUUAAGCACGUGGCCCAAUACUCUCCCCUGCUCCCCGAGAAUGUCAAGCGCACGAUUGCCCAGACUCCUCCCCAGCAGUCGAUCAAGCAACGAUUCACCCCCGAUCAGCUACCCCUCUCUGAGCUUCCCAUGCUGCUCGACAAGCGGCUCACCCUCGAUGUUCCUGUCUACACUGUCUGGGGUGCCUGCGAGGAUGUUCGCGUGUUGGAGAAGUUCCGUUCGGGAGAGUACAAGGUUGACAAGCUGCACAUCAUCGAUGAAGCCAACUCGCGGCUACUCGACAUUGGCGGUGUGAAGCUCCGUCUCCUGGGUCUGGGAGGAGCUGUGGUUAUGCACAAGCUGUUCGACAAUGGCGAGGGCAAGACUACUAUUGCUGGUGGUCAAGGCACCAUGUGGACAACCCUGCUGCAAAUGGGAGAGCUGAUUGACACAGCAAACCGUGUAUACGACCCCUCAGAGACCCGGAUCUUCGUCACGCACGCGUCGCCGGCUCGUGAGGGCAUGCUGAACCAGCUGUCGGUCACGCUCAAGGCCGAUUUCUCCGUCUCCGCUGGCUUGCACUUCCGUUACGGCUCGUCCUACAACGAAUUCUCCGUCAACCCCUCCCUUGACCACUACCGGGGCAAGCUUGCCGCUUCCAAGGCUUCCUUCAAUGAUGUGUGGGAGACUGUCCGCGGCGAGGUCGAGGCCGCCAUUUCGCAGAACGAGGCUCAGAAGACUUUGCUCGACAAUGCCCUGGAGGUGGUCACCAAGAUGCCUACCGUUGCCAACGGUGGCAACCCGUUCGGUGGACCUGCUGCCCCCGGCAACGCAGCUGGCCAGGUCGACGAAAGCGCCUUCAAGAACAUGUGGAACUUCAACUUGGCGGACGCAGCAUUCGGCUUCUUGGUGCUUGAGAUCGAGUCGGGCCGCAUCGCUACCGAAAUGCGCGCUCAAGGAUUCAACUUUGCCCACCGUACUGGCAAGCCCCAGCCCGCUGGCCCAGCCCAGCCCGCUCCCGUCCCCGCUGGCGCCCCCGCUGGAAUUGCCUCGCCUCGCGUUCCCGGAGCUGCUCCCCAAUUCGGUCAGGCCCAACCUGUUCCCGCCCGCACGGGUCCCCUUCCCCAACAGCAGGCCCCGGCUCAGGCCAAGGCUCCCGCCGCCGCUCCCGCUCGUACAUCCCCCGUUCCCGUGAUCCCUAAGCCUGCUACACCUCAGCCUGCCGCCGCCGCCGCCGCUGCUGCGCAGCCCGCCGUGACGUCCCCGGAGAGAACCACGACCACCGAGGCCAAUGGUACCGCUCAGCCUGAGAAGCCCUCCGAAUCCCCGCUGCCUAAGAUUGAGAAGAAGCAGAGCAACGGCCUCUUCGUCUCGAACGUUGAGAAUGAACAAGCUGUGCGUGAUCUCUUCCCCGAGGAAGACAAGGCCAAGAUCACAAAGGUUGAGAAGUGGGGCAAAUACAACAACCAUGUCGUCCACUUCGCGACUGUCGAGGAGGCCAAGGCUGCUCUCGAUCGCCAGCCUGCCGAGCACAAGAAGCCUACCCCUGCCGGUCAGCCCCGUAAGCCCAACAUCAAGUUCUUCGAAGACCGAGGCAGCCACCGCGGCAAUGCCGGUACGUGGCAGAGCAGCAACCGUGGUGCCAACGCCCCCCAGCGCGGGUACCAGAGCGGAGGUGCCAGUGACAGCGAGACUAACCGCGGACGUGGAUUCCGUGGCCGAGGUGGUGCUAGCCGCGGCGACCGGGGCGGACGGGGCGGCCGUGGUGGUCGCGGUGGGUUCAACAAGGGAGGCGCUCCGACUUCAGACUCGGGACCAGGCGACAAGCCCGCUGCGACUGGAGGCGACGCUUGA